AUGGAGGAUGCUGCGAACCAGUCGAAAGCGGAGAGAGAAAGUGGGAAAUCAACUCUCACUCCACUGCAGUUAGGCUGGAAACUCAUGGAAGCACAGAACGAAAUAGAAAUGGAGGAAGUGCAGAAAACUUGGUGUUCUGGUGAGGAAUUUACCCAAAUUCCGCUGACUUCGUAUAAGCGGCUCAUGGAUAAAGCGUUGAAAAGCAAUGAAAGAUUGUGCGCUGAUCCAACGGUUCCAGCGACGCUCAAACAGGCUUUACACGACUGGCAAGAUGUUGCGGUACUGAAUUUUGGUAUAAUGGGAAUUCUUGACCACCAGAAUCGCUGCGUUCAUCGCUACGCAAGACGACACUGGUUUCAACCCAAGUUUGCUCUCCGAGAAGACGGAUAUUGA